AUGGCACGCAUGGCGUUCAGCCUACUGACUGUUUCCGCCUUGCUGUCUCUUACCCUCCGCGGCGCCGCCGCUGGGGGCCCCGGCAGCUGGUCUGCGUCAAACGCCGCAGCAUCACUCGUGCGCGCCGCGUCGAGCGGCGGCCAGGAGCGCGGCUUCAUCGUCGUUUACGCAGAUGACGCGACGCCAGAUCAGAUCUCCCGGUCGCGCGCCGCCCUGCGCCUGCAGUUCGGCGCCGGCCUGCAGCUGAAGCAGGUGCUCAACACGCCGCUCAGCGAUGAGGGCGCCGCUGCAGCCGCCGCCGCCGCCACCGCCCCGGGCGGCGCGGGCGCGGGCGGCGGCGUAACCGACCUCACCCGCGGCGCCCCCAUCGCCGCCGACGGCGCCGCCACGGCGACAACGGCGGCGUCGGCGGCAGCGCUCGCGGCAGCGCCCAGCGGCAACCUGCUGCGGCUGGACGUGUUUGCGCCCGCGGCCGCCGCGGCCGCCGCCGCGUCACCGGACGAAGAGGUGCUGUCGCGCCUCAGGGCGCUGCCCGGCGUCGCGAUUGCUGAGAAGAACGGGGUCGUCACAGUCCAGGCCACGCAGGCAGACGCGCCGUGGGGCCUCGACCGAAUCGACCAGCGUUCCCUGCCACUAGACAACGGGUACAGCUACCCAGACUCGGCCGGCGCGGGGGUCACCGUGUACGUCAUCGACUCUGGGGUUGACGCGGCCCAUGAUGAGUUUGGCGGCCGCGCGUCCAUGGGCUUUGUGGCGCCGGACGCCGCCUCGGACGGGCAGGGGGACAGGAACGGGCACGGCACCCACUGCAGCGGUGAGGCGGGGGCGGGCCGCUGGGAGAGGCAGGGCACCGUCGCCGGCAGGACGGUGGGCGUGGCCAAGGCGGCAAAGAUUGUGGGCGUGAAGGUGUUGAACAAGGCCGGCAGCGGCUCGUGGUCCGCCGUAAUCGCCGGCAUCAACUUCGCCGCCGGCGACUGCAAGCAGAACCGCGGCGGCAGGAUGUGCGUCGUCAGCAUGUCCCUGGGCGGCGCCCUGUCGGCGUCGGUCAACGCCGCCGUCGAGCGCGCGACGGCGGCGGGGCUCGUCGUUGCGGUUGCUGCCGGCAACUCGAACUCGGACGCGUGCCGCGUCUCGCCCGCCUCGGCCCCGUCGGCGCUGACCGUCGGCGCAACCACCAAAAAAGACGCCCGUGCGUCGUUCAGCAGCUGGGGGCCGUGCGUCGACAUCUACGCGCCCGGCGUCGGCGUGACCUCGUCGCUUGCGGCGGCAAAGUGCCCCAAGAAGCGGCCCAGUUGCUACGCCACGUUCAGCGGGACCUCCAUGGCGACGCCGCACGUCGCCGGCGUCGCGGCGGUCAUCUGGUCGCAGCUGGGGCCCGAGGCCGCGGGCGCGGAUGUUUCGCAGAAGCUGCUCGACGCGGCGACGGGGGGCGUGAUCAGGGGGGCGAAAAAGGUGGAGACGCCGCUGCUCGCGUUCAACAGGAUCACGUAG